AUGGCAUCCGGGACUCCAGGCUUCACAGAAGUGCUGCUGGCAGUCAAUUCCACGCUGUCCUAUGCACAUCGUCUAUACUCAGCUAUUCCAGGCUCGUCCAUUAUAUACAAGUAUGUCAAGGAAUCGCACCAGAACGACCCAUUGAGAACUGUGUUGGAACUUGCUCUGCUGGUCUUUCUCGUUUGGUAUGCAUUGAGCCAACGAUACAAGCCUGGCUCAAAGGAAAUCAAACUUACAGACAAGGAAAUCCAAGAUCUUAUUGACGAAUGGCAGCCAGAACCUCUGGUUCCCGAGUUGACGGAAGCCCAACGAACUGAAUUGGAAAAGUUGGUCACCAUUUCUGGACCAUCUGGCCCUCGAGUCAGAAUCGAAGGAGGCACCAAGACUUUGAUGAACUUGGCUAGUUUCAACUUUUUGGGCUACAUGAAUCACGAAAAGCUCAAGGAAAAGGCUACUGCAGCUUUACGCAAGUAUGGUGUCGGAACAUGUGGACCACCAGGCUUUUAUGGUACACUGGACGUCCAUAUGGAACUAGAAUCAGAAUUGGCCAAAUUCAUGUCCGCUGAUGCAGCCAUCAUCUAUUCCCAAGGCUUUUCUGCAAUCGCUUCCAUCAUCCCUGCAUUCUCUAAACGAGGUGAUACCCUAGUAGUAGAUGAAGGUGUCUCAUUCGCCAUCCAGAAAGGUGUAGAAAUCUCUCGAUCCACUGUACGAUACUUUAAACAUAAUGAUAUGGAAGAUCUCGCUCGAGUCUUGGAAGACAUUAAACGGGACGAGUUGAAGAAACGUAAACCUCUAGCACGUAAAUUCAUAGUAGUUGAAGGGCUAUACGCAAACCAUGGUGAUAUCGCCCCGUUGCCGAAACUCAUUGAACUAAAAGCCAAAUACAAGUACCGACUCAUUGUAGAAGAAUCCAUGUCGUUUGGUAUUCUAGGUAAACGAGGUGCUGGUAUCACAGACCACUUUGACGUGCCCGCCAAAGAUGUAGACAUUAUCGCUGCAUCCAUGGCAAACGCACUGUCAGCAGCUGGUGGAUUUUGUUGUGGUAGUGCUGAAAUUGUGGAACAUCAACGCUUAUCGGGUCAAGCAUAUACUUUUUCCGCUUCCAUGCCGGCCAUGUUGGCUGUGACCGCAUUAGAAGCUCUGCAUUUGCUCAAAGAUAAUCCAUAUGUAUUAAACCACAUGCGAGAGAAUGCUAGAGCGAUACGGGCUGCUCUGGUCGGUGUUAAUGGUAUAAUCAUUGGUGGAGCAGAGGAUGCGCCCUUUAUACAUGUACGUCUAAGGGAUCGUCUGACUAGGCUAGAGGAAGAGAAGCUACUUCAGGAUAUUGUCGAUGAGGCGGCCAAGGCUGGUUACUUGCUGACAAAAGCCAAGUUUGUGGCUUCUCAGGAACAUAGUCUACCACCUCCCUCCAUUCGUAUUUCUGUCUCGGCAGCUCACACGAGACUAGAUACCGAAGCAGCCGCCAAACGUCUAAGAGACGUGAUCAAGGGCGUGUUGAAAAAGAAGUGA